AUGGGGCGCGAUCCGCCCCAGUUGGACUUCGGCGUGGACAGCCAGAGCGCGGGCGGCGUGACCGCGCUCCUGAUGGCGAGCUCGAACGGGCACGCCGAGGUUGUCCAGACACUGCUGAGAGCCAGGGCGAAGGUAGACCUCGCCGACCAGAAUGGGAGGACCCCGCUGCACGGUGCCUCCUUCUGCGGGCACGUGCCCAUCUGCAAGACUUUGCUGGAGGCCGGGGCGAGCCCGAACGCCAGGAAUUGCAAGGCCGUUACCCGUUCGACGAGGCGAAGAUGCGGGGCCAUGAACAGAUCCAGGAGAUGCUGCAGGCCGCUCGGGCGACCGAGGAGCCCUUCCCCGCAGGCGCGCGCGUGGAGGUGCACGGACUGA